AUGAAACAUAAAUAAUCUAACUCUACCUUACAAACUAUUUAAAAUUUAUUAGCAUUUUAAAUCACAAAUUUAUAGAAUCGCAAAAUUUAAAUAAUCUUUUAUCUUUAGACUGGUAAAAUUAUCCUGCAAAUUUUAGAUAGAUAUCGGUAUUUUUAACUGCUCUAUUGUCUUUAAAAAAUUAAGAAAGAAAAAAAAUCAAAGAUAAUAUAUUUUAUGAAAUAAGAAAAAAAGUAAAUUAAAGGCAUUAACUCAGGAUUAGAGGGUACAAACACAGCAUUAAACAGGAAAUAAAUAUAUCCAAAGUUUAACAAGAUAACUCAAAAAGACAAUUGUAUUAUCAGAAUCAACUGUAAGAAGGAUAGUUGA